AUGUCUGAAGUAAUCCCUGAAUGGAUUGAUGGGCAUCAAAAGCACCGUUUAAAUGAAAUGUUAAUUGUUGUUGAUGAAAAUGAUAAUGUUAUUGGUGCAGACACCAAGAGGAAUUGUCACCUGAAUGAAAACAUUGAGAAAGGACUGUUGCACCGAUCCUUCAGUGUUAUGUUAUUCAAUACAGAGAAUAAAGUCUUAAUACAGGAGAGAGCAGACACUAAACUUACUUUUCCUGGGUUUUUCGGUGAGUCUUGCGGUGGCCAUCCCUUAUACAACACACUGGAACUGGAAGAGCAAGAUGCCAUUGGAGUGAGGAGAGCAGCUCAGAGGCGGCUGCAGGCUGAACUGGGGAUUCCCCCUGAGCAGGUUCCUCUGGAAGAUAUUUUGUUCAUAACAAUUUAUCAUCACAAGGCACAAUCAAAUAGAAUGUGGGGAGAAUACGAAAUUUGUUAUCUUCUACUUGUAAGAAAGGAUGUUUCUCUGUCUCCAAAUCCCAGUGAAACAAAAAAUUUCUACUACAUGACCAAGGAGGAGUUACAAGAGCUACUGGAAAAAGAAGCAAGGGGGGAAGCAAAAGUGACCCCAUGGUUGAGAACCAUCUCAGAGAUGUUUCUGUACAAGUGGUGGCCUUAUUUAGAUGAUGUCACCCGAUUUGCUGAGCGUCACAAAAUACACAGGGUGUGA